AUGGCUAACUGUAGGAAAAUUUGCACAAAUCAACUAAAACCUAAAGAUAUAGCUAUAAAAUGGGAGGAGGUGAUGACAAAAAACAUUCUGGCAGCUCUAAAGAACACAAAAAAGAACACGACAAACAUGGCUCUAAGGAAGGGAAAAAGGACCAUCACAAAAAAAGGUCAGGUUCAGGAAAACGCUCUGGAUCAUCGUAAGUUAAUUUUAUUAAUACUAAUCCAAAUAAUAUUAUUAGCAAUUCUAGUUUGUUUGCUAAUCUAA